GCCCUGCGUUGCAUUUCAUCCUUCCUGAACCCUCCCACAAAACAGAGUAGCCGAUACUACAGCGACAACACAAAGAUGAAAACGAAGUGAAUUUUCUCGACGUGAAAGAGAAGACGCGCCAUUUAACGUUGACCUUUUUGCGAUAAAGAAUAUACAUAUUAGUAUCAAACAUUGCCGUAUUGCAUCUUGAGGAAGCGCGAUUCCCACGUUUCACUCCGCAGCGUCUUUUCACAGAGGCGAUAAUAAAUGACGGAUCAUCUCGUACAGGCCGCAGCUUGCCUGCGUUGUGGUGAUCACAGAGGCGCUGCCGAAGCACUGCGUGAGCUGGAGCUGGGUGACGCCUCCCGUGCCUUUCAAAUUGCAGUGGAGUCAUUGUCGAGCCCAUGCACCACCGAAGACAACGUCUACGUGCGCUUUGUUGCUCUGAAAGUCGUGACGUACGCCCUUACCCGCUACGCGGGUGACCGCAAGCAGCAGAGCAGCACCGCCGUCCCUUUCUUGCUAGAUUACGGCUAUCGGCUGGCAGAGCAGGCCGAGUCGCACGCGUGGCUGCCCGUCGUCUCCGAGUUGGCAACUGCCAUGGCCGUCGCGCUGAAGCUCGGCUGCGUCGACGAUCUCCUCGAAGUGCACGCGGCGGAGGUGGAGGUACUGCUGGCAGGACUGAUGGACCUCGUGCAGGUCCAUUUCCCGUCGCACAAGGCCUUCCUGCAUCGCGUGAUCUGCCAGUCGACGGUGGAGGAGUUUGGACUGUUCAGCGGGGUCUCGCGGUACCGCGGACUGCCGGUGCGCGUGCACCGACGCUGCCGUGAGCUGUUCUCCUCGGAUGGCCGCCUGCCGCUGCUCAUCCAGGCCAUCUUCCGCAGUCUCCUUGCGCUCUCCGCGGAGUCAGAGAUGUCGGUGGACAGAGGCCUUACGGCACUCGUCUCGUGCUUUGCGUGGCCGUCGCACCAGUUUUUUGAAGAGGAUUCCUCCACGGAGGAGUCGUGCGGUGUCUUCUACGUGUCCCACCCCGAGUGGGAACGACUGCUGGUGGGCACGGUGCCGCUGCACACGGACGCCGCCUCCGCCUCUGCCGCUGUCUUCACAGUGCACGAUGUGCUGCGGGAGUGGUACGGAAGUGGCGCCGUGAAAGGCGUGGCUGUGGACCGGCAGAAGUUGGUGGAAAUGAUUCAGCUCCUUUGCGCAUUUAAAGGUAGCCAGUGGGGGGAGGAGGGGUCGAUCCGAUUUUUGGCGUCGUCCCUCACGCUUUGCCUGGACGUCUUCGAGCACCUGACCGGCUGUGCGACGGAGCGCGAGUUGCACCUCUUCCCGCUGCUGGCCACGGCCGUUUUGCGGCUUGUGUCGAACUACGUGGAGUUCUUCUUCUUCCCUCCGGCGCAACCUCUCAUCACGCGACUGGCCAGCCUGACCUGCUUUCUCAUACGGCGCUGCAAUACCAGUAGCGGCGACGACCCAGACGUGAUGUCCUGCGUGGAUGAGAUGCUGAGUGUGUGGUACCACCUCACCUCGUACAUUGACCGCAACAGCUUCUCGGCACACAACUCGAAGAGUUGCGCCCAGCGCCACCUCAUCAGCGAGGGUUGCCAGCACAUCUUUUCCACCUACAUGGCGGUGAAGGUCAGCGUCGACGCCGUAGAGCUGGAGGACGACUACUUCUCCGAAAGCUUCACGAGCUCACACCUCCACCUUGUCGCCCAGGUGGGCCGCAUUUGCGCCAGCUACACCUGCGAACUCCUCAUCCACUCCACCCAGACGUUGCAGGCGUCUCUCGCGAAUUCGCUCAGCGCCGCCGCGGUGCCGUCGCCGCUGUUCGAAGCACUGUGGACGCUGCUGAGAAUCAUCGGCUUCUUCAUCGCCGACCCGGUGGAGGGCGAACAGCCUUACAUUCCCCGGUGCUUUUUAGAGAUGGGGGCGGAGAACAAUUCGCUGCUGCUGCAGCUCAUGACGGCGGUAAACGCUCUUCUCCCGCUGCUGCAGAGCCCCGUUGCGGCGAGCUCGGCGGUGCAGGCUGCGUUUCUUGACAUCCUGACGCACUACAUCAGGACCUAUGUCGAGAACGACGAGACGUGCCCGCUGUACGCCGGCGCGUUCGACGAAGGCGCUAAGGUAGUGGACCUCGCACUGGUAGCUGUCACGGGAGCCUUGCAGGUCUCCCCGUUCGAGGAAGACGCCACCGGUGCCGCGUGCCGUCUGCUCGACUGCAUCGCAGACAAGAGCGGCUCCGUGCGCAUUUUCUGUGAAGCGCAGAGUUCGUUCCAGCAGCUCACGCAGGCAGCGCAGCAGAUCCACCGCUUUCGCUUCCACGGUCACACACGAGGGCGCAUCAUUGCCUUCAUCUUGGCCUGCAGUCCCGAUGCAAGCACGGUGCAGACGCGUCUGAAUGAGUUCACCUUGUCGCCGUCCUCUAACGACGAUGUGAAUUUGGUGCUGGAGAUACUGAGCUCCCUGGCUGGCAUGUUCGAGUCGUUGCACAGCCAGCAAGUAAUCCGCGGUUCGUUUCCUGGGCUGUUGGCGGUGGGGCAGCAGCUCAUCCACGUGUCGACCUCGAAGUUUUAUGAGCGCGAAAUCGCCCUCGAGUCGGUGCAGUUUGCCCGAAGCAUGUUUGUGGCGUGUGCCCCACUGCUGGAUGACGAUAGCAUCCGUGCGCUUCUCGGCCUCGUUGUAUCGGAGCUCCGCUACUCCGUUCAGGCUGUCCGCACCAGCAACACGUGGACGUCUGCCGAGGGCGAAAACGACAAGGCAGACUAUAUGAUCGGUGUUGCGAAGCUGCUGAGUUCGUUGGCGCAGUGGAAGGCCCUCGACUGCUUUCUUCCGGACGACGAUACACGCGCGCUCUCGGCCUCAACGGUGGAGACGGCCGGUGAACUGCUGCGACACAUGGACGAGCGGUCGUUGAGCCUGCCGAGUCUGGAGGACUCGCUGUUCAGCUGCAUGGAGGUGUGCGCUGAGUCCUUCACCGCAGACUUCGUCUUCUCUAGCAGCUCCGACGCGUUUCUCUCCGCCAUGCUCUACGCGCUGAACAGCGAGCGGGUCAACAUCCAACGCGCCGGCAUCUCUGUCACAGCGUGCGUCGCAGCGUUUUUGGAGGCUUCCACUCCGCAAGCCAACCACGCGAGCGCCUGCGCCGACCUGCUCAAAGUUGUGCUGCGAGCCUUGACCUCUGGAAAAGUGUUCUUCAACAAUCUGCAGCAAAUCUCGCGUGCGCUGCUUAUCCUGACAAGAGGUGUUUCACCCGGGACUCUUUUGCACCUUAUGGAGAGCCUCGCAGGGGAAGUGCCGCACAGCGCGGCCUUUCUCCAGACGAUCUUCCCAGCUCUCCAAUCCGCAGCAAGUCACAGCACCACGAACGACGCUCAAUUUGAGGAGUUAGUGCAGGAUGCGUUGUCCUCGGUGCGCGGCACAAGCAUUAUUGGUGCCUAA